GCCGCCGCGCUCCGGACCCAAGAUGGCCGCCGUGUCAGUUUCGGGCUUCGCCGCCGUCCGGCCGCCGCCGCCCGCCGCCCGCCGCGCGCAGGCCCCGGCGUAACAUUCCAGUUCUCUUUCCGAUCGCGGUGCGGGAGUCCCGAAGCGAGUUUUAAGAAAAUUUAAUAUUGGAUCAAAGAGAAGCAGUUCAUAUCAGAAACGUGUAUGCUAUGGUUAGCUGGUUACUCUCCUCCGAGAAUCUGUUUUCCCACGGUGUGAAAAUUGUGCAGCAUCGGGAUAAGGGAUAACGACUCUAUGGAUAUACAGAAGUCUUCACCAUGGUAAAACUCGCCAACCCGCUGUAUACUGAGUGGAUUUUGGAGGCGAUUAAAAAGGUCAAGAAGCAAAAACAACGCCCUUCAGAGGAGAGGAUAUGCAAUGCGGUGUCUUCAUCCCAUGGUUUGGACCGUAAAACUGUUUUGGAACAACUAGAAUUAAGCGUUAAAGAUGGGACUAUUUUAAAAGUCUCCAACAAGGGUCUCAAUUCCUACAAGGAUCCCGAUAAUCCGGGGAGAAUAGCACUUCCGAAGCCUCGAAACCAUGGCAAGUUGGAUGGUAAACCAAACGUGGACUGGAAUAAACUGAUCAAACGGGCAAUCGAGGGCUUGGCGGAGUCCAGUGGCUCAUCCUUGAAAAACAUAGAGCGCUUUUUGAAAGGUCAGAAGGACGUGUCUGUGUUGUUUGGAGGUAGCGCUGCUUCCGCUUUUCACCAGCAAUUGCGACUAGCUGUCAAGCGUGCUGUUGGCCAUGGCAGACUCCUUAAAGAUGGACCUCUCUACCAGCUCAACACUAAAGCAGUUGCUAAUGCUGACGGGAAGGAAAGCUGCGAGUCUCUUUCCUGCCUGCCACCUGUGUCGCUUCUUCCCCAUGAGAAGGAUAAGCCGGUUGCUGAACCAAUCCCAAUCUGCAGUUUCUGCCUUGGUACGAAAGAACAAAACCGGGAGAAGAAACCCGAGGAGCUCAUCUCUUGUGCUGACUGUGGCAACAGCGGUCAUCCGUCCUGUUUGAAAUUCUCUCCAGAGCUGACAGUUCGAGUGAAAGCCUUGCGAUGGCAGUGCAUUGAAUGCAAAACGUGCAGCUCCUGUCGAGAUCAGGGCAAAAAUGCAGAUAACAUGCUGUUUUGUGACUCAUGCGACAGGGGCUUUCACAUGGAGUGCUGUGACCCACCUCUCACCAGGAUGCCGAAAGGUAUGUGGAUAUGUCAGAUAUGUCGGCCACGGAAGAAAGGAAGAAAGCUUCUACACAAGAAAGCAGCACAGAUAAAACGGCGCUAUGCCAAUCCAAUAGGACGUCCCAAAAAUAGGUUAAAGAACCAGAAUGCAGCAUCAAAAGGUCCCUUCAGUAAAGUUCGAACUGGCCCAGGUCGGGGUCGGAAACGCAAGAUCGCGCUCUCCAGUCAGUCAGCAGCAGAAGGAGGGUAUCUGGAACAGACGGAUGGCCUGGACUUCUGCCGAGAUGGAAGCACCACCUUGAAAUUAAACAAGAAAACCAAAGGGCUCAUUGAUGGCCUUACCAAAUUCUUCACCCCUUCCCCUGAUGGACGGAAAGCUCGAGGGGAAGUGGUGGACUAUUCUCAGCAAUAUAGGAUCAGGAAAAAAGGCAGCAGGAAAUCUAGCACUUCAGAAUGGCCCACAGACAAUCAGGAUAGCUGGGAUGGAAAACAGGAAAAUGAGGAUCGGUUUUUUGGGAGCCAGGAAGUCCUGACUGAGAAAGAUAUGGAGUUGUUCCGAGACAUUCAGGAGCAAGCACUGCAGAAAGUAGGGGUGACGGGUCCCCCUGAUCCACAAGUCCGCUGCCCCUCUGUCAUCGAGUUCGGGAAGUAUGAAAUCCAAACCUGGUACUCCUCCCCAUAUCCACAGGAAUACUCAAGGCUGCCUAAGUUGUAUCUUUGCGAAUUCUGUUUAAAGUAUAUGAAAAGCAGAACUAUCCUCCAGCAGCACAUGAAAAAAUGUGGCUGGUUUCAUCCUCCAGCCAAUGAAAUCUACAGAAAGAAUAAUAUUUCAGUUUUUGAGGUUGAUGGCAAUGUCAGUACCAUUUACUGCCAGAACUUGUGCUUGCUGGCAAAGCUUUUCUUGGACCAUAAGACGCUUUAUUAUGAUGUGGAACCAUUUCUCUUCUAUGUGCUGACACAGAAUGAUGUCAAGGGCUGCCACCUUGUUGGCUACUUCUCCAAGGAGAAGCAUUGCCAACAGAAGUACAAUGUUUCCUGUAUAAUGAUUCUCCCCCAGUACCAGCGUAAGGGCUAUGGCAGGUUCCUCAUUGACUUCAGCUAUCUGCUUUCAAAGCGCGAAGGUCAAGCAGGGUCACCAGAAAAGCCACUGUCUGAUCUGGGCCGUCUCUCAUACAUGGCUUAUUGGAAAAGUGUAAUACUGGAGUGCCUUUAUCAUCACCGUGACAAGCAAUUAAGCAUCAAGAAGUUAAGCAAACUGACUGGAAUCUGCCCUCAAGACAUCACGUCCACCUUGCACCACCUACGAAUGCUUGACUUCCGUAGUGACCAAUUUGUGAUUGUUCGUCGGGAGAAACUUAUCCAGGAACAUAUGGCAAAGCUCAAGACUCAUGUCCGAUCUAUAGAUGUAGAUCCAGAAUGUUUGCGCUGGACACCUGUCAUUGUCUCCAACUCUGUUGUCUCUGAGGAUGAAGAGGAAGAGACUGAGGAAGGAGAAAAUGAAGAGCAGCAGCAGCAGAAGGAAAGAGAUCUAGAGGCCAGUAUGGUGAAACCUGUCUCCUGGGAGAAGAAAGAGCAAGAACCUUAUUCUCCUCCAGAGAAUGAAAAAAAGCCAGACAUUGUUGCUCCAGCCAGUUCAGUGCGGCCAAACAAGCAAGUUCUUCCCUUGGAUAGUCUUCCUGCAAACAGCCAGCCAUCACGAAGGGGCCGAUGGAGCCGGAAAGGCAAAAAGCUUCAGGAAACUUUUUGCGAUAAGGAACAGAAACUGUUCCUAGAGGAGCUGUCUGCAGCUCCUAGUGGGCGGUGCAGCGAAUGCGAGGAGAAGUCAGCUGCCUCACGAGGCCGUUGCAGCGAAUGCGAGGAGAAGUCGGCAGCUUCACAGGGACGAUGCGGCGAAUGUGAGGAGAAAUCCCCAGCCCUCCGGGGUCGUUAUGGGGAAGAUGAGGAUAAGGCUGCAGCCCCGCAGGGACAGUAUGGGAAAAGUGACAAGUCCUUGGUGCCUGGGCGGCGAUACAGCGAAGGCAUGGAGAUGUUGAGAAGACAGUUAAAGAAGAACACUGAGCCACUGAAGUGCCGAUUUGUGGAGGAGUGUGACAGAUUGCCCCGCCGCUACAGCGAUGGUGAUAGGACUCUUCUGAGGUGCUUUAGUGAGAGUAGCGAAGAGGAGGAGGAUGAUCCUGUGAGUCCUCGGUCCAACUCUCCGCCUGUUCUUACCAAGCCAACAUUAAAACGAAAGAAACCAAUUCUCCAUCGCAAGAGGCGAGUACGUAAGCGCAAGCACCACAACAGCAGUGUUGUCACUGAAACGAUCUCCGAGACCACAGAGGUGUUGGAUGAGCCUUUUGAGGACUCGGACUCCGAGAGGCCAAUGCCCCGAUUAGAGCCUACCUUUGAGAUUGAGGAAGAGGAGGAAGAGGAAGAGGAUGAAAGCGAACUAUUCCCGAGGGGGUAUUUUCGUCACUUACCCCCACCAGAUACCCUCAGGCGCCGACCCUCCUCGAAGAGGAAGUCCAAAGAUGAAGAGGAUUCUGAUGACACUAACGGCACCCCUACCUUGAAGCCAGUCUCUCUGCUGAGAAAAUGUGAAGCAACAGAUUCUCCCCUUGAGCCAGAUACUUCUACCCCCAUGAAAAAGAAGAAGGGAUGGCCAAAAGGCAAAAGCCGCAAGCCAGUCCACUGGAAGAAAAGACCUGGUCGGAAACCAGGGCUUAAACUGAACCAGGAGAAGGUGCCAGCCUCUGCUGAGGAUGAAGGAGUAGAUGCAGUGGUAACUGAUUCAAAGCCAGGGCGCAAACCCAAGAUGCAGGAGAAGGAAGAGCCUGUUGAACAAAAAGAAGAGCUGCCCCUGGCUGAGGAGAGGAAGGAGGAGGACGUGCACAUGGAAGCAGAAGAGGUGGGAGAGGGAGAGGAGGAAGAUACAACAAGCAGUGAAGUGAGAGCAGUUUCUCCUGUGGACAGCAGCAGUCCAGCACCAGAAGUCAAAGAGCCUGAGAUAGAGGAAGAAGUAGAGGAAAAGCCACGGGUAUCAGAAGAGCAAAGGCAAUCAGAGGAGGAGCAGCAAGAAGCAGAAGAGCCUGAGCACGAUCACGAGGAAGAAGAUGACGUUGCGGAGGUGAUAAAUCAAAAUGAAGACCAUGAUGCUGAUGAUGAAGAUGAUGCUCACCUGGAGUCUGCGAAGAAGAAAGAAUUGGAGGAACAGCCUGUCGGGGAAGGGGUGAAAGAGGAGCCUGACGUUCAGGAGUCUUUUUUAGAAGCAAGCCUACAGAGCGGUAGGGAAGAUGCAAAGGGCAAAAAUGAGGCCGAGGCAGAUUCUGAGGAAGAGCAGGUUUCUCAUGAGACCUCAGGAGGCUCAGAGCAUGUCCCUGGCUCUGAGGACGAUCACGAAGAAGAGCAAAACAAUAAAGAAGGGUUAAUUGAACUAAAAGAAGAGGAAGAGAUUCCUCACAGUGAGCUAGACCUAGAAACGGUCCAAGCAGUCCAGUCCCUGACGCAGGAAGAAAGCAACGAGCAUGACGUGGCCUACCAGGACUGCGAGGAAACGCUAGCUGCUUGUCAGACCCUGCAGAGCUACACCCAGGCAGACGAGGACCCUCAGAUCUCCAUGGUGGAGGAUUGUCAUGCCUCGGAGCACAACAGUCCGAUAUCUUCUGUCCAGUCCCACCCGAGCCAGUCUGUGCGCUCUGUCAGCAGCCCCAACGUGCCUGCCCUGGAGAGUGGUUACACCCAGAUAAGCCCUGAACAAGGAUCCCUGUCCGCACCCUCUAUGCAGAACAUGGAGACCAGCCCCAUGAUGGAUGUGCCUUCUGUAUCGGACCACUCCCAGCAGGUGGUGGAUAGUGGCUUCAGUGACCUUGGCAGCAUUGAGAGCACCACGGAGAACUACGAGAACCCCAGCAGUUACGACUCCACCAUGGGAGGUAGCAUUUGUGGAAACAACUCUUCCCAGAGCAGCUGCUCGUAUGGGGGACUCUCUUCCUCCAGCAGCCUCACUCAGAACAGUUGUGUUGUCACUCAGCAGAUGGCAAACAUUGGCAACAGUUGCAGCAUGAUGCAGCAGAGUACUGUCCAGCCUGCAGCCAACUGCAACAUCAAGUCGCCUCAGAGCUGCGUGGUGGAAAGGCCUCCGAGCAAUCAGCAACCAGCAACCCAGCAGCCGCAGCAGCAGCCUCAGUCACAACAGCCUCAGCCCCCGCCUCCCCCCCAGCAGCAGCCUCCACUGUCUCAGUGUAGCAUGAAUAACAGCUUCACCCCAGCACCGAUGAUCAUGGAAAUCCCAGAGUCGGGAAGCACCGGCAACAUCAGUAUCUACGAGAGGAUUCCGGGGGAUUUUGGGGCCGGGAGCUACUCGCAGCCAUCAGCCACGUUCAGUUUAGCCAAGUUGCAGCAGCUAACAAAUACCAUUAUGGACCCUCAUGCCAUGCCUUAUAGCCAUUCUCCUGCUGUGACUUCCUAUGCAACCAGUGUUUCUUUGUCCAACACAGGAUUGGCCCAGCUAGCUCCAUCUCACCCAUUAGCUGGGACGCCGCAAGCACAAGCCACCAUGACCCCCCCACCAAACCUGGCAUCCCCCACCAUGAACCUCACGUCACCCUUGCUCCAGUGUAAUAUGUCUGCUACCAACAUUGGUAUCCCUCACACACAGAGGUUGCAGGGGCAGAUGCCAGUCAAGGGGCACAUUUCCAUUCGCUCCAAAUCAGCACCACUGCCCUCUGCAACUGCACACCAGCAGCAGCUGUACGGGCGCAGCCCGCCAGCAGUCGCCAUGCAGGCUGGGCCCCGGGCGCUGGCUGUUCAGCGGGGUAUGAACAUGGGGGUUAACUUGAUGCCAACCACCCCGUACAAUGUCAACUCCAUGAAUAUGAACCUGAAUGCCAUGAACAGCUACCGAAUGACACAACCCAUGAUGAACAGCAGUUACCAUAGUAACCCUGCCUACAUGAACCAGACAGCACAGUAUCCUAUGCAGAUGCAGAUGGGGAUGAUGGGGAGCCAGGCCUAUACCCAGCAGCCUAUGCAGCCAAACCCUCAUGGAAACAUGAUGUACACUGGCCCCUCCCAUCACAGCUACAUGAAUGCUGCUGGGGUUCCCAAGCAGUCACUCAAUGGACCGUACAUGAGAAGAUGAGCGAGAUGAACUUGCAACCUAAAAACUUAAAUAUAUAUAAAUAAAGGAACCUUUUAUACUGACGAACCAGAGAAAAUGGACCUUUUUCCAGUUAAAAUAUUGCUGUAGAUUUAGAGGGUUUUUCUUUGGUUUAUUUUAUUUUUUAGAAAGCCUGGUCUUUUAUUCUUUUUGUUCGUUUGUUGUUUAUUUUUUUCCGUUUUGUUUUGUUUUGGGUUUUUGUUUCCUUCACAAUCCUGAAACAUUUUACAGCUGAAAUCAUUUAAAACUGGUUUUAGGGGGGGGAAACGUGCACAAAAAUCUAUUCAUAAUUUUUUAAAAAGAGCCUUACUUUGCUGACCACACGGACAGAACAUGUGUAACAGUGAAAUCGUCUUUUUAAAUUGUACUCUCGAACCUAUGUUCCUCUCCCUGCCCCACACCCCACUGCGCACAGCUCCCCGUGCUGCAGUCCUGUAAAAUGUCUGACACCUCAAUGGGUCUUCAAACCCUUCCCUCCGCUCCCCACCUAGCAUCCCCUACUUCAGUCCAGCGGGAGGCACUUACGGGAGACUCGGAAGGGGACGUGGAGGACAGCAGAAGCUUUUAAUCUCAGUGAGGCAGGAACAUUUCUCAGCUUUAACCUCCCUGGCUCCCUCACCCCUCCGUACAAUUUGGAAUAUAUAAACCAUAUAUGUAAACAAUAAAUUCUUUCCACAUGGAUAUCUUUGUAGGUGAGUUAAUUGAAAAAAAAAAGAAUAUGUUUCAUUCUGAAAGUACGAUGUAACUUUAAUAUGUGCCCAUCCAGAACCCACAGACGCACGCCCACGUUGUUGGUCUGAAGUAGCAUAAGCAUAUCACAGGAGAGCUGAGUGCACCCUAAGGCAGUCGCUAAAAAGAUGAGAGGCCAGGUACUGUGCAUCAGAAACAGGAGGAGAAUGGCUACAGGCUUGUGUGUUGACAACCUGCAAAUCAGCCGUAACGCUGAGAUCCCAAUCUCUGCUUUAGUAUGUACUUUGAAAUGCUGAGGGUCUUGGUUCUGAGCUGUUGAGUCUGGCUGGGCUCAAGGGCAGCCGUUUCCAGGGAUCUGCCUCCAAGUUCCUUUGCUUAUGUAAUCUUGGAAGAUGAAGUGCAUGUUUUAAGCGUCUUGACAAGAAACCUAUGGUGUCCUUGCCCACUGUUCCGUUUCUGGCACGUGUGGCGCGGGGUGGAAAUGCUAGAUGUGCUCUUCGUCCAGGGGAGUCAUGGUGUUAAAAUAGGCAUGUCCCUGCUUUCACACCAUCCUUGGAGAAUUUCCCAGGAAGCUCAUUCCCUGUAAGGCAGCGUGUGGGAAAUGAAGGGCAAUUCAGGCCCCCUCCAUUAAGGGAGGAAGCGAGAGCAAGGCAAUCGCACCAUGGUGGGACCAAGACGGUGGGAUUUUGCAGCGUCUUGGUCCGCAUCCCAUGCUCCAUUCUCUUCCUGCUACACCGCUCUGGGACAGUGUAAGGGACGCUGCACCUUUUGGCUUGUCAUCGAAGGCAAAAAAAGAAAGGGAAAGCAUCAUUGGCCCUUUCUUGGGAAGCUCUCUCUAGCUGUAUAUUCUGUAGGGAUACAGAUGCAAAAAUAGGACUAAUUAGUUGUAAAAAAUGUCAAAGUCCAGAUGACAGUUGGGGUUUCUUCAGAUGCACUAAAAUGGACCUUCCUCCAGUAACUGCUGAUGUAUACGGCAGAAUUCUAAGGACUUCCACUUCUUGUUUCUCUUAGUUUUGAGCAUGUGUGAGGCUGUGUAGGACCCCAUUUCUCUGUAUAUACUAUUCCAGUUCCAGAUCAUCCAUGUAGAAAGCACACAGUGCUGCCCUCUCCUUCCUAGAUCUUCAGCUGUGUCAUUGCUUCCUGGUUACAGGCGGGUGGGUGGGGGGGACGGGACAGGUCGAGUUCCAGACAGGAGGAGAAGCUGUUGAAAUGAGGGCCGUGAAUUUAGUUUGUUUGCUGUUAUGUUUGGUUUGGUUUUUGUAUGGUUUUUCUUUUUUUUUUUUUAAAUCAAUCGGGCAGCUCCCUUUUCCACAAGCCUUUGUGACUGUAGAACUAUUGUAGAAAAAAAAAAUGUUCUUUUCUAUAUUAUAAAAAGAAAUUAUCCAACGCAGUAAUAUUGGUACCUACCAUUUUUUCACUUCUGUUUAAAAAAAAAAAUGUAUUUUUAGCAAGAUAACUUGGGUAAUCUUCUAAAAGAAAUUAAAAAAAAAAACUCACUGUUAGUGACUUUGAUGCCUUUUAAAAUAAGAGCUUUUUCAUUUCAUUCCAUCUUUAAAAUUUUUUAUCUUUGUUGUAGAAUAUUAAAAACUAUUUUAAGAAAGAUAAAAAUUCUCUUUAAAGAGAUCUCUAGAGUGUGUGAAUAGAGCUCCAGAUGCCUCUAAAAGCCGCAUGUACAAAUGAAGCUAAGUCUAUUCCUGUCUGUUUAUAUUUGCUUUUCCUGUUUUGUAACCUCUUUGUACUUUGUUCAUGGUGACUUGUAAGCUAAGGGGAAGGGGUGCCUAGAUGCCUUUGUAACUCUCCAUGUCAUGCGCUCCUGGCCGGUUGGUCUCCCUUCCUCUCCUUGUAUGUAAUAUCACUUUUUUUUCCCUUUCUAGCAAGUACUUUCAAAAGAACUCUGUACAUUUUAACAUAAAAAAUAAAUUAUGUUGAGCCAUUUUGGA